AUGAUCUCUCAAGAAGGUCUUAGAGCUUUUGGUAAGAGAGUGGUCCACAAGUGGACCACGCGUGAAGGUUUCUUCGGUGACUAUGACUACAGUUACCUCUUCGUUCCAGACUUGCCUUUCUCGAAGAAGGAAGCGAAGACUCAACCAUUCUUUGGCUUGAACUCUGACAUGCCUCUCUUUCUUGGUUUUCUUUUGGGUCUUCAACAUGCUUUAGCCAUGUUGGCUGGUGUGGUCACUCCGCCCAUCAUUAUCUCAGCGGUUGCAAACAUGCCAACGAACGUUUCCGAAUACUUGGUUUCAUCAUCGUUGAUUGUUUCUGGUAUUUUAUCAUGUAUUCAAAUCACUCGUUUCCACAUUUAUGGAACGAAGUACUACAUUGGAACUGGAUUGCUUUCUGUGGUGGGAACAUCGUUCUCCACCAUCACUAUUGUGGAGAAGGCUUUCCCAAUGAUGUACAAGAACGGUAUCUGCAAAACCAUCGAUGGGGUUCCACAGCCAUGCCCAGAUGGAUAUGGUCACAUUUUGGCCACAGGUCUUCUUUGUGCAUUGCUUAACAUCUUGAUUUCCUUCUCUCCAUCGCAGGUACUCAAGAAGGUUUUCCCACCUAUUGUUACUGGUCCCGUGGUGCUUUUGAUCGGUGUCUCUUUGAUUGAAUCUGGUUUUGAAGACUGGGUUGGAGGUUCGGGUUGUAUGGAUUCAACUUGUACUAAGAAGAAUUUGCCAUGGGGCUCAGCAAGACUUGUUGGUUUGGGAUUCCUUGUGUAUGUCUCCAUCAUUUUAUGUGAAAGAUUUGGCUCUCCAAUCAUGAAAUCUUGUGCGGUGAUUGUUGGAUUGCUCAUUGGAUGUAUUGUUGCUGCUGCUUGUGGAUACUUCUCACAUGAUGACAUUGACGCUGCUCCUGUGGCGACAUUCCCUUGGGUUCAUACAUUCAAAUUGAGGGUUUACGGGCCGAUAGUUUUGCCAUUCUUAGCUGUCUACAUCGUGUUGGUCAUGGAGGCCACAGGUGACAUCACGGCCACUUGUGAUGUUUCCAGAUUGGAGGUUGAAGGUGACUUGUUCGAAUCCAGAAUCCAGGGUGGUAUCCUUUGCGAUGGUAUGAACGGUGUCUUGUCUGGAUUGAUGACUGUCACUCCUAUGUCUACAUUUGCUCAGAACAACGGUGUGAUUUCCGUUACGAAAUGUGCCAAUAGAAGAGUCGGAUACUGGUGUGCGUUCUUCUUGAUCGUCAUGGGAGUGUUUGGAAAAUUUGCUGGUGCCAUCGUCUCCAUUCCUAAGUCAGUGUUGGGAGGAAUGACCACAUUUUUGUUUACUUCGGUGGCUGUAUCGGGAAUAAAGAUUAUUUCCACCACAGAGUUUACCAGAAGAGACCGUUUCUUGUUAACUGCUUCCCUUUUGCCUGGUGUGGGAGCCAUUUUGGUUCCCAACUGGUUCUCCAAUGUGUUCACCUACACCGGAGGGAACAAAGCUUUACAGGGAUUCUUCGACGCCAUUGUGUUGGUGAUGGAGACAGGAUUUGCCGUGACUGGUUUCAUCGGAUUGAUUUUGAACUUAUUCUUGCCCCAAAUCGCUGACGAGGUUGAGGAGAUCAAUGAAGUUGUGUUGGAGACCGUUGGGUCUGUUGACGAACAUGCAUUGGAGGUGUAUGCAUCCAAGGAACAGCAGGCAUUUGGACGCUCUAUUGACGAGAAGACUUCUAACUAG